AUGUCCGACAAAGGGCCUGACAAGGCUGCUGCUAAUCUCAAAAUACCAAUCCCGCGGCCGGCCCAUCUCACCCCAACCGCAAGCAGCAGCGGGACAAGCAGCCCAGCGAGCGUAGGCGUCGUCACCAACGCACCGGGCUACACCACACCCAUUUUCAAGGGCAAAGACGCGCAACGACGCGAAGUCGAGCGUCUCGUCGCAUCGGGUGGGUUCAUCCCUCCCUCUCUCGUCCCCAACGAAGUGGCAUGGUUCUACGACCACCUCGGCAUCGACGACACGUAUUUCGCCGCAGAGUCUGCCUCGGGAGUCGCGGAUCACGUCCUUGCGCUAUAUGGUGCGAAGAUCCUUGCGUUCACGAAACAUGACCCCAGUGCGCUCUUCAUCGAACUCGAGAAGAUCAACCCAGAUGGACGUGGGGCGACGUUCAUACAUAAUAGUCAGCCUGGUGUAACCGCCAGCACCGGACCUGGUGCAACAUGCGAGAAGAGAAUCGACGCGCUGUUCCUGGACGGCGCAACUCCAGAAAAGUGCUACAGGCUCGAGACGUACCGUUCAGGUGGCGCCGUCUCGGCAACUGCAUCGCAACAACUCAGGUGCUACUUCAUCUCGAAGUGCUCCUUCCCCAAGCACGACUCAAUCAAAGAUGCGCAAGGACGCACAGACAUCCGACGCGUCUCGGACCCAGUCUUCCUCGAGAAGGUAACAGCCAACACGCUCGCAAUCUACCAAGCCGUCCUCUGGACAGUCGAAGCGCGUACAGGACCUGUCAUCGAAGUCUUCGACGUCGAAGGUACGCGCGAAAAGCGCGUCGUUAUCGGGUACCGCAUGGGCUCCACCACGGCACUCUUCUCCGCGCUUUCCGAUUUGUAUCAUUUUUACUCCCUGUAUGCGAGUAGGAAGUAUGUUGAACAGUUUGCGAAUGGGAUUACGGUCGUUAGCCUUUAUUUGAACCCGCUCCCGCAUCCUCCACCCGGGACGCCUCCGAUCGAGCAUGCGAUCCUGCAAGUGGUGAAGGAGGCGUCAUUGCUGUAUUGUUUACCGGAUAACCCGUUCUUCCGUCGUGGAGAAGGCGCGAACGAGCAGCAGCACGCUGUACAGGAAGCUACUUAUGCUUACUGCGGCUGGAUCUUCGCACAACACUUCUGUAAUCGCCUUGGACCGGCGUAUCUUGCGUUGCGCGGGAUUCUCGACGAGAGUAAUGCGGAGCACGCCGAAGUGCUCAAUGCAAUUAAGCGCCGGUUCCGUGAAGAGACUUUCACGCGUGAAAGUAUCAUGGAGGCAAUCGCGGCGUACCCCGAGCUUGUGCAUUUGUUGUACGUGAAUUUCGCGAUGACGCAUUAUCCGAAUACAUCGAGUCAGGACCUUGUCCCGACUAUUUCCUUCCAGAGGUUGAAGGUCCAGCAGCCACUCUCAGAUGAGGAACUACACGACAAGAUCCGUCGUACAGUCGCAAACAAGCAUGCACAGCAAGUCCUCGAGAGUCUGCUUAUUUUCAACAAAGCGGUCCUCAAAACAAACUUCUACCAACCCACAAAAGUCGCACUCUCCUUCCGUCUCACACCAGACUUCCUUCCGGCCGUCGAGUACCCCUCAAGGCCAUUCGGCAUGUUCUUCGUCGUUGGCGCCGAAUUCCGUGGCUUCCACAUUCGCUUCCGAGACGUUGCGCGUGGUGGGAUUCGUAUCGUCCGCAGUCGAAAUAAGGAGAAUUAUUCGAUUAAUCAGAGACAAUUGUUUGAUGAGAAUUAUGCGCUGGCGGCGACGCAGAGUUUGAAGAAUAAGGAUAUACCAGAGGGUGGUGCGAAGGGGACUAUAUUGCCAAGUUUGGGAGCGAACCCGAGGACGACGUUUGAGAAAUAUGUAGAUGCAGUCAUUGACUUGCUCAUCCCUGGAGAGAGUCCUGGGAUUAAGGAGAAGAUCGUCGACCUGUAUGGGAAGCAAGAAAUCUUGUUCUUUGGUCCAGAUGCAGAGGGUACGGCAGACAUGAUGGACUGGGCUGCACUACAUGCACGCGAGCGCGGUGCUGAAACGUGGUGGAAGUCAUUCACAACAGGCAAGAGCGCAGAAGCACUCGGAGGCGUACCGCACGAUAAGUACGGUAUGACGUCGUUGUCGGUCAGGCAGUACGUUCUCGGGAUAUACAAUAAACUUGGGUUACGCGAGAAGGAUAUUACGAAGGUGCAGACGGGUGGUCCGGAUGGUGAUUUGGGCUCGAACGAGAUAUUGCUAAGUAGUGACAAGACUGUCGCUGUCAUCGACGGCAGUGGCGUGCUCGCCGACCCUGCAGGUCUCGAUCGCGAGGAACUCAUCCGGCUCGCCAAGCUGCGUGUUCCGAUUUCAAACUUCGACAGGUCAAAACUUGGGAAAGAUGGGUAUAUCGUCCUCGUUGAAGAUCAGGAUGUCAAAUUGCCAUCGGGAGAAGUGGUAUUGGAUGGGACUGACUUCCGGAAUACGGCUCAUUUCCGCUUCAAGGCGGACCUAUUCGUUCCAUGCGGCGGUCGGCCCGAAGCAGUGAACAUCUCGAAUGUUGCCUCCCUGAUCGACAGCGAGGGCAAGCCGCAUUUCAAGUACAUUGUCGAGGGUGCGAACUUGUUCCUGACGCAGCAGGCACGACUUUACCUCGAGAAGCGGAAAGUGAUUUUGUUCAAGGAUAGUUCCGCGAAUAAAGGUGGUGUAACGAGCUCCUCGCUCGAAGUUCUCGCCGGUCUCGGCCUCUCCAACGACGAAUACCUCGACCUCAUGGUGCACCGCACAGGUCCUCCAAGCGCCUUCUACCAAUCAUAUGUCAAAGACAUCCAACAAAAAAUAACCGAAAAUGCAGCAGCAGAGUUCCAAUGUCUCUGGCGUGAACAUUCUCGUGCAGGUGGAGCAAAACCACGAACGGUUUUGAGUGAUGAGCUUUCGGGGACGUUGAAUGCGCUUCAGGCGGAAUUGGAGGCGAGUGAUUUGUUUGAUGAUGUACCGAGUCGGAGGGGAGUGAUGAAGAGGGCGAUACCGGGUACGCUUGUUGAGAAGGUGGGACUUGAUGUAUUGCUUGCGCGGUUGCCGGAGGCGUAUCAGAGAGCGUUGUUCUCGAGUUGGGUGGCUUCGCAUUUUAUUUAUAAGUACGGAACGAGCGGCUCGAGCGUUGACUUCUUCCACUUUGCACGAGAGUUAGCUGCAUAA